GAUUGAAGAGAUAAUUACAUUGGAAUCCGCUUCCGCUUCUUAGCCACGAUAUUUCAACUGAUCUUGAAUGUAACACUCAGCAAAUCGCACAAUUGAACAAUUUUUCUUUUAAUAAUGCGCGAUCCGAUACGAACUCACUUUGCUCUCUUAUGACUUUCUCCUCUUUUAUAGACUCGUCUAGAUAUAGAAGAUCACGCAUGCUGUCGUUUAACUGAUAACAAUCAGUCGGAUUAUGGAUUAGGCCGGACCAACGUGCCAUUGAACGUUUCCUGUCUAAUAUUCAUAAACUUGAGUAUCUAUUCGAUAUCAUGCAUGGCUUUAUUACUCAUCAUGGAUGUUGAUGACGAAAAUAAACGCCGCGAAUUCUACGCCGCAAAACGGAUUCCUCUGCAUCCACUCACAAAUCAUUCUAUUUCCCCCUGUCUCGGCUCGGAAACGUGGGGAUUAAUUCAAUCGUGACUCACGUUCAUUGACGCAAUUCCUUGCCCUCUCACAACGAUGACAAUUAUAGGAAUAUCUCUGCAUAAAUGCCGUGAGAGAGACAGAGAGAAAGACGGUCCGGUUUAGUCCGCAUUAACCAACCGGAGGUGUAAUCAUCGUAAUAAAUUCUUUUCAGGCACGAAACGAUACCUUCAGCUCCCGUCACGCCACUGUCGGCCGAUUCUACCAGUCCCCUGUCCCUCACAUCGGCUUAUUUCACGACAUCCGAGGGAAAGGCGAGGUUCUUGACGAGAUACUCGCGGGACGUCACGGCGGAGGGAUUAACACAUCAAGAGGAUGCGCCGGCGGUUGUACCAACGAACAGCCUUGACCUUAGGCAGAAAAAGGUACUAUUCCAUCGGAGAGGAGCUGGUGAUGCGCCUUGACAGGAAGCUAGAGGUUCUCAGGGCCGAGCAGGAGGCCGUAAAGGAGGAAGGUGAGAUGAAUGAGACUCUGGGUGCGCGAGUCGCCGCUCGCGUUUCCGCUGUGGCUCGUCCACCGGAAACGUCCAAGUAUCGGAAUCACGUAGAGGAAGUCGGUAAGAUUACGAGCCUUCUUCUUGGCCUCAGCGGCAGGUUGGCUCGCGCUGAGAACGCCCUUUAUGGAAUGCCGGCCGACCACGGAGAGAGAAAAAUUUUAGAGAGUAAACGGGACAAGCUAAUGGAUCAAUUAGAAGAAGCGAAGGUUUUGAAAAAUAAUAUCGACAAACGUAGCGAUAAUAUGUCAGCGAUCUUGGCAAAAUACCUGAAUGAAGAGGAAUUUGCCGACUACCAGCAUUUCAUCAACAUGAAGGCGAAGCUGAUAGUGGACGGUCGCGAGAUACAGGACAAGGUGAAGCUUGGCGAGGAGCAAUUAGCUGCGUUAAAAGAGGCAAUUGACUAGUCGUAACGAGGGACUUACAUGCUAAGUUAUUAUGAAACCGAUUCGUAAAUAACGGUUGCAUUUCCAGGCGUGAACAAUUGUAUGUUUCGUAUAAUAAGUCAAAAUGACUCGAAGGUAUAAGUUAAUAGGGGUGAAAAGUUACGGGAACACAUAAAAGUGAAACAAAUAUAGAAAGAUAUAUAUACGAUUUGUAAUCUAAAUGAAUCAGUAUACAUUUACAUAUACCUUUUUAAACAAUAUAAAAAUUAUUUUUUUAGAAAUUUCUCUUAAAUUAUUUCAAAUUUAUCUGCGAUUAAUUAAACAUUAUUUAAAAAAUUCAAUUAAAAACAAUAUCGAGAAGUGGGAUACGAAAUAAUAUCCCGUAUAAAUAUCUUUGAGAUUACAAAAUCGACUUAAUGCAUGAUCAAAAUAAUUGUAAAAAUUAAAGACGUAAAAUUUCCUUUAUAUUUGAAAAACAAAUUGAAUAUCUUCAUAAUCCAAGUGUGAUCCCGAAAUCUUAAGUGCCUAGUCUUUGAUAAGCUUGCAUCGAUUUUGUCAUGUUUCUCCGAUAAUCCACAGAGGAAAAACAAUGCAUCGCUUACACAUUGUGUAACAUGCUGAAAACAAUCACGCUACGAUAUAAGAAAAUAAAGAUUAUUCCUCAAAUUUCUUUUUGAAGGAAAUUACGCGCUAAAGAACGAUAUCAUCAAUUGCAGAAAUUUGUAAAUAUUAAUACAAGGAGUAAUGCGCAGUCUUCAAUAAAAAAAAACCAGAAUAUGCGUAAGCGAACAAUAAGAAUGGUCGAUUGAAAAUAAUAACAUUACGCAAGAAGUAAUACGGCUAGUGAUAUAUAUAUAUGUAAAUCAUAUAUAUAUAUGUAUUAUUUUCGUGUACGUGUCGAUCGAUGCUAAUAAUUAUUUUGCGUGGAACGUAUUUGAAAAUUAAUGAAAUCAAAAUUUUAAUAUAUUUCCUAAAUAUAUCUAUAUUUCCCAUAGAUAUAUGUAUGUGUGUGUGUGUGUAUUUUCAUGCGCGAGUUGUAUUUAGAAAUGCGUCGGUAACGCCGUGCAGUAUAAAUCUGGAAUGAUAUUUGCUUACGUACGCGACUGAUGGAUGCUCGAAGAUGCUGACAAUUUCUCAUUUUAAAAAACUCUUUAUUAAAAAAACGCCGAGCAUUUUCGAUGAAAAUUCAAGAAUUUACAUUACCUAAUUACAAUUCGUUGAUCACGAAUCGAUUCUGUACUCAUGAUACCUUUUUAUAUAUGAUGUGUGAUAUGAGAGUAAGUUGAUGUUCUGUUUAAACAAAUGCGCGGCGUUUAAACAACUAAAGCGAUGCAGACAACCGAAGCAACAUUUUACAUGUGUAUAUAAUAAAUAUAUUGUAAGUGCAUAUAUAUAAUUUACACUCUGACACACAUAUUUCAUAAUUACACGUACAUACAUACAUACACGUACACAUAAACAACGAAUACUACUUUACAUAUCGUUCUAACCUCCGGAGGUCCUCGAGGACCUCUGACGCUUGUGAUCUUAUUUACUCUUACAAUCCCACUAAGGACUCUCGAAAAUACCGCGGAAUCGCGCAUCAUAUUCGAGCCUCCUUGGUGGUCCAGCGAGAAAUUUUAUGCCACGGUCACUUCGAUAAAUUUUUAUUUCGUUUUCUUUUCUCUGUCCCGUUUUACGUCCCCGUUUGUAAAUCACGCGUUUCUUUUUAUACCGAUUUUUAAUACUUCCUCCCCGCUUAUCGCUACUCUAUCGAGGGCGGAGAAGAGACCACAAGCGAAAUUACACCGAAAGGUGGAUCUCCGAGAAUCUUUGGGCUUGGUAAUGAAACACUUACUGAGGACCCAUGGAUAUCGAGAUGGAAUCCAUUCGAAUCGUAUCUCUAUAAGGAUUACGACUUAAACAAAAAAUGUUCCGAUUUUGUUCAAUUUUGUGCAUUAUAAAUCCUCUUUGCGAAUUCCAUUCGCAAAGCAAACGCGCUUGAUCUCAGAUGACAUAUAACUCGGAUCACAGGCAGCACGACGCCAGAGAUAGCGCGUCACAAGCCGGGACUCAGACGGCCGCGAUGAUAAUAAUUGUGCAUGAGAAAGACUGAGUACAGGGCAUAAAAUUUUGCGGCGUAAUAGUCAGUUUCUGUUCCUUGUUUGUUUCUUGACGUUCGCGAAUCGGCUGCGACGAUAGAUACUGCAAUCUUGCCGUUAAUCUCGAAAGUAGCAGUCACCGUUAUAAUAUGUUUGCGCGCAGCAAGACAUCACGUGGCUGCGAAAAUAUCAUCGAAUGCGAUUGUCAUCUAUACUCCCCUCCCGCCAUGAAUAAGGCGCAGCUGUUGUACAUAACAAAUUAAUGGAAACAUGGUGCUCUGGAUAUCUAUUUUUUACGAGAAAAAACGUUCCAUUAAUUCAUAAGCUAUUACUUUAGCUAAAGACAUUAAUAUUUAACGUUCUCGCUGUGUACAUAUUACCACAUAUAAUUUUAAUGUGAUGCGAAGGCAACAUAAUGAUUAUACAUAUACAUUCGCGUGUCACCUGUAAGCGACAAUGCUAGGUCGUUGUUAAUCUGACAAUAUUAUCCCAUACAAAUGUACUACGAAAUCAUUAUGAUAAUUACAUUUCUCAAGCUCGCUUGCAAUAAAUAACAUGUUGAAAUUCAAA